AUGGAAGGAAACUUGUUUUAUUCUAAAUCUAAAUCCCGAAACCUUCUAGAAAUCCCUAGCUCUCCUCAGACAAAUACAGCUACUUUUCCUACAGAAUUAUUAAAUCCUAAUAGAGGUCAAGAAAUUUUGAUUAUGACUAUAGACAUAGGAGACGGGAAAAAAGAGCCUAUUGUCGUGCACGAAGCAGACGAGCCAUCAGAUCUUGCUCGAUCUUUUGCCCAGAAAUUUGGAAUAAAUAAAAAACUUGAAGAAGCGCUCACUCAUCAAAUUGAAUACCAAAUUGAAUUACUAAUAAAAGAACAAGAACAAAAGAUGCGGGAACAAGCCAAAAAACAGAAAAAUAUCAUUGAGACGCCACAAGAAAUGUCUGAGGCUGCUUCAUAUGAGCUUUUAGAAGGAAACUCCCGCAAAGAAAGAUUUUUGCAGAGAUCUGCAAGCGAAAAUAUUGGUGAAAAGCUAUAUUUUAAAGGAAUCCAGCAAAAAGAAAGGACAGAAAGAAAUAACCAAAUGAUGAAGCUAAAAAUACAAGAACGGCAAAGCAAUGAGCUUACUUUUAAGCCAGCAAUAAAUACCAAUAGGACUGAAUCAAUUAAAAAGUCAUCAAGCCGCCAUGAAGACAGCUUAAUUUCUCAAAAAACUAUAAGGGAAGAAAAGCUGGAAAAAGAAAGGGCCGAAAAAACAGAAAAAGAAAAAGAAAUCUGUACAUUUAGCCCACAGGUAAACCCUAUGAGCGAAAAAAUACUCCAGAGAAAAAUGAGGCAGCAGUCCAAGGAUAAGUUUAAUGAGCUGUAUGAAGAAGCAAAAAUAAGGAAAAUAAGACAAGAAGAAAUCAAUAAGCAAGUGUAAGGGAUAUUUAGAAUUGCUAAUGAAUUCUCGUAUAGGCCAGAAAUCAAUGAAAAUAAUUCAAGAUUUGUGCCGCAAGAUCAGGAUCCUAUUGAAAGAUAUUAUGAAAUAUACCAAAUGCUGAACCCUGAUCGUAAUGAAGAAAUCUCAUGGAGUGGGAUUGUGGUAGAAAAUAUUGAUGCAGAAGUUUUUGCAAUAAUAAGACCUUUACUAGAAGAACUAGAAGGACUUGGCCAAAAUUUGAAUUUUGAAGAAUUCUGUGAAUCGAUGGAUAAUUUAGUGAAAAUUCUGUCACCAGCUGAAAAACGUAUUUUAACUACAAGAAAAGUAAAAGGGGCCCCACAAACAGAAAGGAGUGACAGAAAUAAUCAAAUGAGGAUUCAAGAAAGGCAAAAUAAUGAUAUUAAUUUUAGGCCUAAAACAAAUAGGCCAAAUUCGCAGAAAAAAACGUCUGGCCGCCGCGAAGAUAGCUUAAUUUAUCAAAAAAUCGUAAUGGAAGAAAAGCUGGAAAAACUUAAAGAUGAGCUUCUUGAAAAAGAAAAAGAAAUCUGCACUUUUGUUCCACAGAUUAACCGCGUACAGGUUAUGAUAGUGGACUUUAGAGAGUAAAUUUACUCAAAUUUUUUAAUAGUGUGUCAUUUGAUCGAAAUUUAAGGGUUUUUUUCGAUUAAUACUAAACCUAAUGCAGCUCUUAUAGGCUUUUUCCUCCUCUUCCAAGCAUUCUAUUUUCUCAACAGUUUUCUUGAUCAGCAUCUUCACCUAGAUUUUGCUUUCCAAACUUAUCCCAAAGCUUUAAGAUCUCUUCCUUUUCCUUAUGAGCUUAUGCUAUCUCCUUUUUUCCAUGCUCUCAUCUCAUAGCUGCACCUUCAACUUCUUAACCCUUCACCAAAUUUGUUGAAUUCCUUUUUUGUCCAUUUUUUAGUCUUUUCUUAUCUUCCUCGAACUUCUUUGUUUUCCCUCUAAUUACUCUAAAAAUCCUAAGUCUCUAUAGUCCUCCUAUUAAGAUUUACAAUGACGAUUAAUAGCUCCAAUCCCUCCACUCCCUCUACUUUUGCUCCUUUAUGCCAAGUCUUAAUACUCCCAACAGUUUGUAAUUAUAAUUUCUGCCACUAUGGAGGAAUCUAAAAUCAAUAAACUUUCGGUUAGCAUCAGUUUGCCGUUGCCAAGGGUUUCUUCACUUUGUCUAGCAGUCCAACCAUGAUUUCUUCAGCUUCUUUUCCUAUCAUCUUCGUCAAAGCUUUCUCAUUUUCUAAAAUAUCAUAUUCAUCCUCCAGAUCAUCUUCCAUGAGAGCAAUCUCACUAUCUAAAAAUAACAAUUCAUCCGGUAUUUCAUCAAUAUAAUCUUUGGGGUUGCUAUCAUUAAAACUAUCAUCUUUCUACUAAAUCUCUAGUUAUUUUCAAAGCACUUUCUCCAAAAGAAUUCUUUUUAAUGCAUCUAGAUCCAUUGCGAAAUGAAAAGCCCUUAUUAUAAGUCUCUCUAUCCAUAUUUUCUUGAGGAUAUGCCACACGAUCAUUUGACAUGGAGCCGAUUAACCAUAUGAGUGAAAAAAUUCUCCAAAGAAAGCAAAGGCAGACAAAGGAUAAAUUUAAUGAACUAUACGAGCACGCCAAAAUAAGAAAAAUAAAACAAGAAGAAAUCAACAAACAAAUGUAAAAAUUAUUUAGAAUUGCCAAUGAAUUCCCUUAUAGGCCUGAAGUCUAUGAAAGUAAUACAAGAUUUAUUUGUAAAAAUCGUGUUGAAAGAUACUACGACAUUUACAAAAUGCUCAACCCUGACCAUAACGGCGAGAUAUCAUGGAACGGUAUCAUAAUAGAAAAAAUUGACACUGAAGUUUUUGCAUUAAUCCGCCCCUUAUUAGAAGAAUUAGAAGGACUCGGCCAAAACUUGAAUUUUGAAGAAUUUUGUGAGUCUUAUCUUAUAUUAUCUAUGCUUUUUACGUCCACUAAAGGGGAAAGCCGUUUCCAGGACCUCCACCAUUUUUGCACGUGUCGGGCCCACAGGUCGCUGGUCCCAACCUGCUUUGUUAUACCAAGGCAUGCUUGAAAAUGACGUUCCGGCUUCGACGGCUCAUGAGUGAGCGACUUCAUCUUGCUUCCUUGACGCCGUGUGACGACUAAAGGUUCCUUCGCUGCCGCAGAAUGGAAGUGGAAAAACCACAGGCCUUUCAAGUUCCCUAAGGGCUGGCCAAACAGACUAGCCUCAAGCCUCAUUAUCAUAAAAUGCAGAAUGAGUGGCCGAUCAGCAGAUCGUUACCGUACGAAUGUCGCCAUUUUAUGAUUAUAGAAUUUUGUGAGUCAAUGGACAAUUUAGUAAAAAUCCUGUCACCAGUCGAAAAGCGAAUUUUGACUACUAAAAAGAAGCAAAAAAAAGUAGAAGAAGAGCCUGAGUUUAAGCUGCAAAGUGUCAAUAGGUCUCAGCUACCUGCAGAUCUUGCAGAGAUUUAUGACCGGCAAGUGGAACAAAAAAUUAAAUCAGAAAAAAGGCUUGAGUUGGAAAGAGAAAAGCUAAAAGCAUCAGAGCUUGACGGAUGCACCUUUCAGCCAAAGAUAAAAGUUUACAGACCUCAACAAGAGUAUUAUGAUCGCAGGUAUAAAAUAAACGCUAAUUAG